CGCCCAGAUCCACACCGCGGCACCCACCCACACACGCACGAGCACCCCCUCUCACCAUGACGACCAUCCCGUCGCGCCUCGCCCGCCUCACCAAGUCGUCCUCGUCCUGGGACCAGGCCCGCUCCUCGUCCCGCUCCCUGUACCGCCAGUGGAUGCGCGCCGCACCCGAGAUCGUCUCGCUGUACGCCCUCAACAUCCCCGCCUACGCCAUCCGCGCCAAAGUCCGCGAGCAGUUUGAGCGCAACCAGCACGUGAGCGACAUCAAGGCCGUCGACGUCUUGCUCCUCAAGGGCCACCAGGACCUCCAGGAAACCCUCAACUGCUGGAAGAUGGACUCGCACGUCCUGCGCUGGUUCGCCGCCGAGGAGCUUCCCCCACGGCCCGACAACUUCCUCGACGCCUUCUACAACUCGCGCGACGACUCGAAGGAGGUCCAGCCCACUGCCUGAGUGCGACGGGGCGAGGUCAGGGUGCGACCGACAUGGACGUGGCCGUAGACAGAGGCGGGCAGUUGUACUCGACGGCGGUUUUCUGUGUCCCUCU